UGGCAUCUCAAGUACAUAAAGGGUUAAACGAAAUUGUCAAAGUCACUUUGAAAGGAAGACGCAUCGUUGCAAAUCAUGGUGCCCCGACGAUCAUUUACAAUUGACACCGAGAAAACGACAAGGACGACAUAUGUGCUCGGAACGGAGUUGACGGUGAAUUUAAACAGGUGUGCCCCACCGCAGUCCAAAUUCUUCUCGAUAAAAUGCAGCCCAAAUGUGCAUUACAAGAUCACUCUCCAAGCCAAGGACAGGAACGCCGUUCCGUACCCUCUCACCCCAAACUCGGUCCUCAUCGUAACCAUGGACGCAGUCAGCAAGACUGCAAACGACAGCAAGUUAUCUGUGAGGUACUAUGGAGAGAAGACGGAGGCUCUCGGGGAUGCCCUGCUGCAUCUAACAGCUGUUGAGAUAUCUCUGGACGUAGAUGCUGACCGAGACGGCGUUGUUGAGAAAAACAAUCCAAACAAGGGAUCGUGGAAGUGGGGUCCUAAUGGCCAUGGUGCAAUUCUGCUGGUCAACUGUGACUCUGAGUCCACAUACAAGAAGACACUGGACAGUGAGGUUGAUGAGAUCAGUAAAGUCUCGGAUUUGCAGGACAUGUCCAAGAUGAUCCUGCGCACCAACGGCCCAGCUGAACUUCCUGAAGGCUAUAAACUGACCAUGCACAUCUCACAGACCACUUCAGAGAGCGUGAGAGUCUUCAGACCUCAGACAAAUGUACAGAAAGACAAUGUGUGGAAGCAUAAACUCCUGAAGUUGUUCCUGAAAGAUUAUAUAAUGGUGGUGGGAACGGACAUGCUGACACAGAAAGUGCCCUAUCUAGGAGGCAAAACUGAACUGGAAUUCUUUGUAGAGGGUCUUCAUUUCCCUGAUAGAGACUUUGAUGGGCUCAUCACCAUCAACCUCAGUCUACUAGAGCCCUGUGGCAAGGAUUUCCCUGAAACUCCAGUCUUUACAGAUAAAGUGGUAUUUCAUGUUUCUCCCUGGAUCAUGACCCCAAACACACUCAAACCUGUGGAGGUGUAUGCAUUAAGAUGCACUCAGAACUGUAUUGACUGGAACAGGGACGUGCUGAAGAAAGAGCUGGGGUUGGAUGAUGAGGACAUCAUUGAUUUGCCCAUCCUGUUUAAAGUGUUAGAAGAGAAAACGUACCCCAGGGCAGUGGCUUACUAUCCCGACAUGGUGAACAUGAUCGUGUUGGGGGAUCAGCUGGGCAUCCCAAAACCGUUUGGGCCGAAGGUGAAUGGCAGGUGUGCUCUGGAGACGGAGGCGUGUUCUCUUCUGGAGCCUCUGGGCCUCAAAUGUACCUUCAUUGAUGACUUGACCCCGUACCACAAACUGCUGGGUGAAGUUCACUGCGGUUCCAACGUUCUUCGAGAGCCGUCCCCUUUCAAAUGGUGGAACCUAGAGCUGUGAGAGAGAGAGAGACUAGACCUGUCAAGUGCCUAUUAAGUCUAGAAAUAAGCAAUUCAUAGAGCAAAAUACUAAUCGGAUAAAUGGAAAUUCUCUCAUGAUUUACUCACCCUCAUGUUGUUCAAGCAGCUCUUUUCCAUAUAAUGAUAAAGUGCUGUCAAGCUCCCAAAAACGAAUGCGAAAUCCCCAAAAAUCAUUCAUAUCACUAUGCAAUGUGUUCUGAAUUCAUAUAACGGCUUUCCAUGAGGGACAGACAGAAAUGUAAGUGCCUAUUCUUUGAUGAAAAUCCAACUUUUUCAGUAAAUGCAACUUGAAGAAGAGAGCAAAUCGUGCACUUAUGAAACAACAUGAGUGUGAGGAGACAACAGUUUUUAGUACUUCGUAAAAUUCUUAUAACUUUCCUCUGAUAAUCAGGCCUUGUUUUAGCAGUAUAGUUCCUCCUCAGGCUGCAGUGGUGCUGCUUCAGGAUUUCUAAAAAAAAAAUUAAGGGCUUACAAUUAUACAUAAUGCUUUGAAAAGUGGUUUAAAAUAAUGUUAACCAUUUAGAGACCUGUUGUUUAUCUUUUCUAACAACAAAAGUAAAAAAAAAGUUCACAAAGUCUGUACUGGGUUUUUAUAACUAUGAAUGUUCAUUCUGUGUUGCCUUACUAAUAAUGACUGAGAAUUUGAUUUGAGUUUGUCUUGGGUGUAAAUUUUUUCCAUAAUGUACAUUACAGCAAUAAAUAAACAUUUCAU